UAAUCUCUGUCUUCUUGAGCUUUUGAUAUCUCAUGCUUUAUACUUCGUUGUUUCUUGUAUUUUAUUAAGUUUAAAAUAAUUGUUAUGUUUAUAGGAUUAUUUAUCUUACUAAAUAAAAUAUGUGGUAGUGUGUAUUGUUAACAAUGGCAGGUUUUGGAGAUUAUUCUGGAUAUAAUAGACCUUUUGGUCUGGAUCCCAAUAGAGAGACGAAUGAUUUGUAUGAUACCCGUUAUCAGCAAAUUUAUGGAUAUCACACCCCUAUCACUGAAGAGUAUCAGGGCCCUCCGCUGAUUCUGGACGAUCCCCCUGACGAAGAUAAUAGUUCCUAUGUAACAACAGCAAUAAGUGUAGCAAGUCUCAUCACAGAGAAUUUGUUAAGUCAUCCAUUUAUUGUAUUGAGAAGACAAUGCCAGGUACACAAUAGUCUCAAGAACUUUCACAUUGUUCCAUAUACCCUAUUGCCAGUAGUAGUGAGAUUACACAGGAGACAAGAUAUCACUACCUUGUGGAAGGGCAUUGGGUCAACCUGCAUUGUAAAGGGUCUCAAUUUGGCUGUUGAAGAUGUGGUUGCUAAAGGAACAGGUUGGCCAAAAGAAAUUGGAAAAUGUAGUUCUGUCUUACAAUUUCUGCAACACAUAACAUUAAAAUGUAUUAGUUUAGCAAUCAUUACACCAUUCUAUUCAGCCAGUUUGGUGGAAACUGUACAGAGUGACAUAGCAAGUGACAAACCAGCUCUCUUUGAUGUGUUCCGAGAAGGAUUUGUGCGCAUCUUAGAAUGGGGAACACCAAGCAGAGGUAGGAUGUUACCUAUAUGGGCAAUUGUUUUGCCUACAGCAGCUCUGGGGGUCUCUAAAUAUUUAGCACAUGUUACAAUAAAAAGUUUAACUGCAAGAGUUCUCAGAUUUCAACAAAGACACAAACAUGAACUAAGUGAUUCUUACAAUAUGAAUUAUCAUAAAAGCACACAGAAUCCUCUGAUAGAAGAUAUCAACUUGAAGGCCAACAUUUUCUCCUUCAUUGCUAUGGAAAUUAUGUUCUAUCCUGUAGAAACAAUCAUACAUAGACUUCACAUACAGGGCACAAGAACAAUAAUAGACAACUUAGACACUGGAACAUCAGUAACCCCUAUUUUGACUGGAUAUGAAGGAUUUGUGGAUUGCUACAACACAACAAUAGCCAGGGAGGGUGUGGCUGGCUUGUAUAAAGGUUUUGGUGCAUUGGUACUCCAACUUGCUGCUCAUUUGGCAAUCAUUAAGUUAACAACAUUAGUUGUAGCAGAAGUAUCCAACCUUUUAAAACCAGCCAAAUCUCCUUCAAACUCUGAGGACUCUGUACACUCACAACAAAAAUAUUUAUUUAAUUAAAUUAUAAUUAUCCAAGACUAGUGUAAAAUAAAACAUUACCUGUUUGCACAUACAACAGUCAGCAACAACUGAUGCAAUUGUUUUUGUUAUUUCUAAAAAUUCAUUGGUUGAAAAAUUAUAACGAUAAUUAUUUUAUUAAUGUUGAGAUAAACUACUUUUAGUUUGAAAUCAGUAUGAAUGAUAUUCAUUAUAUAGAAUGUUUUUUUAUUAUUAUUUUUUAGAAAUAAUAGAUAUAGAUAUUAAGGAAAAUAUAGAAAAGAAAUAGGUUUGAAAUAAAAGUUGGUAUUUA